GUCAUUUCCAUGCCGAUUUGCCGAAUCUACUGUGCAGCAAUAUAAUAUUCAAAGAUGUUUAAAUUAAGAAUCAAACUAUCAAACGCCCUAGCUCUCAAGCGCAUGAUGUCAACACAAGAAUCAGAUGUACUAUUCGAAACACUGAACAAUGCAGGCGUCAUAACACUAAACCGACCCAAAGCUCUAAACUCCUUAAACACUUCCAUGGUGACGAAACUAUUACCGCAACUUCAAGAAUGGGAGAACACGAAAACCUGUGUCAUAGUCAAAGGAGCGGGGGAUAAAGCUUUCUGCGCAGGCGGUGAUGUUAAAGUAGCUAUAGACAAAGUGGAAGGACCGAUCUUCUUCCAUACAGAAUAUAACGUAAACUACUUAAUCGGGAAAUAUAAGAUUCCAUACAUAGCGAUUAUUAACGGUAUCACCAUGGGAGGGGGUCUAGGGUUAUCGGUGCAUGGACGGUACAGGGUGGCAACGGAGAAGACACUCAUAGCUAUGCCGGAGACGAAGAUUGGGCUGUUCCCGGACGUUGGAGGAUCGUAUUUCCUGCCGAGGUUGCAGGUUAAUUUAGGAUUGUAUUUGGGAUUAACAGGCGACAGACUGAAAGGCAAAGAUGUAGUGAAAGCCGGCAUAGCCACCCACUUUGUCCCGUCCUCCCGUCUCUACGAGCUAGAAACACUCCUUUCCCGCUGCACCAGCGAGAACGAGAUACAAGCUUUACUAACCAAGUUCCAUGAGCCGGCUGAACAAUUUUCUCUAGCCGACAAUAUUAAACAUAUAAAUUAUUGCUUCGCUGCUGGGAGUGUGGAGGAAAUUAUUGAGAGGCUGCAGAAAGUUAAUAAUGACUGGUCUAAUAAAACGUUGAAGACGCUUCACUCCGUAUGCCCCGGCUCCCUGAAAAUCACACUGCGUGCGCUGCAGCGCGGCGCCCAGCUCGAGCUGGCGCAAUGCCUCAAGAUGGAGUACCGAGUGGCCUGUCGUAGCACUGAGAACCACGACUUUCCCGAAGGUGUCCGCGCCCUCCUGAUCGACAAGGACAACAGCCCCAAGUGGCAGCCCGCGACCCUGGCGGAAGUUACCGACGACUACGUAGAAGAGUUCUUCAAGAAACUGCCGGAAGACAGGGAACUCAAGUUCUUCGACUUCGAAUCUAAACUGUAA